AUGACUUUGGGCCUUUCUCAAGAACAGUACUGUUUUCCAGGCUCUAACACCUCGUGUAUUAAGGCACCUUUUAGUGUGGGGACCAAACUUGCCCUCUAUUUGUUGUUUGUUUUAGGCAUGCUGAUUACCAUUUUAGGGAACUCUGUUGUCAUUGUGUCUAUAAGUCAUUUCAAGGAGUUGCAUAAUCCUACCAAUGUCCUUAUUGUAUCUCUUGCUCUGGUUGAUCUACUAGUGGGUGUUAUUGUGAUGCCCUUCAGCACCAUCCGGACCAUUCACGGCUGCUGGUUCUAUGGUGAUGACUUCUGUCUGCUGCACUCCAGUUUUGAUAUGUUUCUUACCACUCUGUCUAUCUUACACCUUAUUUGCAUUGCUGUAGACAGAAAACAAGCAAUAUGCAAUCCUCUGCAUUAUUCUAGGAAUAUCACCAUGCCAGUUGCCUGGGUUAUGGUAUGUGCUUGCUGGGCACUGGCUGCUGUUUACUCUUUUGGACUCCUGUACUCAAAGGCCAACAUUGCAGGGUUAGAAGAUUAUUUGGCAUCACUAAACUGUCUUGGCAGUUGUAACCUUCUCUUUAACCAUCUUUGGGGAGUUUUAGACAGUGUAAUUAGCUUCUUCUUUCCCUGCACUGUGAUGGUUUGUCUGUACACUAAAGUAUUCAUCGUGGCAAAAGGGCAUGUAAGAAAAAUUGGAGAUAUGAGCAAUUGUUCAAAGAGGAGAGAGCAAGAGCAAGACAGAGCAAAAGGAGGGCUGAUAAAACAGUCUGAGCACAAGGCUGCAAAGACUCUGGGUAUUGUAGUCGGUGCAUUCAUCUUUUGUUGGAUGCCCUUUUUUAUAAAUUCUGCAAUUGAUGCCUACACUGCCUUCAGUACACCUACUGCCAUCUUUGAAACAUUUGUAUGGUUGGGAUACUUUAAUUCAACUUUAAACCCAAUUAUUUAUGCCUUCUUUUAUCCCAGCUUCAAAAGAUGUUUCUAUUGUAUUGUCACUCUAAAAAUAUUUGCAUCAAAUUCCUCAACCAUGACUUUAUCUGUUAAAUGA